AUGUCUCCUUCAAUGUUCAGAGUGCAAGAGCAUACUAUUCCUUGCCAAUAUGUUCGAGAAUACCCUGGAGCAACAUUGGAAAAUCAAGAAGAUGAUCUCGUCCUUCACGUCAAGCAAUAUACUCCCUUGGACCAGUCUUACACCCAAGCUGGUGCUAUCACCAUCAUUGGUACUCAUGCCAAUGGCUUUCCGAAGGAGUUGUACGAGCCUCUGUGGGACGACUUAGCUCAGGCUUUGAGGAAGCAACGUCAGACCAUCAGAGGCAUAUGGAUUGCAGAUGUUGCUCAGCAAGGGAUGAGUGGGGUCUUAAAUGAAGACAAGCUUGGCAACGAUCCUUCUUGGAAUGAUCAUUCUCGCGACCUGCUGCACAUGAUCAACCACUUCCGCAAGGAAAUGUCACGUCCUUUGGUAGGCGUAGGCCACAGCAUGGGCGGGAAUCAAUUGGUCAAUCUGGCCUAUCUACACCCACGGCUCCUGACAUCUCUUGUUCUCAUUGAUCCCGUUAUCCAGAACGCUUCUGCUGCAGCUCCGGACAAAUCACGUUUGUCGCAUACCCAAGCAUCAACAUUCCGCCGCGAUGACUGGCCUUCUCGUGUGGAAGCCGCAUCAUCGGUCAAGAAAAGCAAGUUUUAUCAGUCGUGGGACCCUCGGGUUCUAGACCUAUGGAUCAAAUAUGGCUUGCGAAGCCUGCCAACAGCUAUUUACCCCGACCGCUCAGAAAACGAUGAUGACCCUGUGACCUUGACUACUACCAAGCAUCAGGAGGUCUUUACCUUCUUGCGUCCGAAUUUUGACGGCUUGGACGCAAAUGGCAAGCUGAUUGUCAAUCGCCGCACGCAUCCAGAUCUGGAUCUGAGAGCCGGAGACACGUACCCAUUCUACCGGCCUGAGCCACCUGCAGUUUUCAACGACCUCCCGCGCCUAAGGCCUAGCGCUCUGUACAUCUUUGGUGGGCAGUCUGAUUUAUCCACACCUGACUUGCGGAAGCAGAAGGUGGAGCGUACGGGUACCGGCGUAGGAGGUAGCGGCGGUGCUGAAGCAGACAGAGUCAAAGAAGUGGUGCUCGAAGACGUGGGGCAUCUUGUUCCCAUGGAAGCCGUCGCAAGAUGUGCUACUGCCGCCGGAGAAUGGCUGGCGAGCGAUUUGAAGCGUUGGAGGAGCGAGGAAGCAGAUUUCAAGCGGGAAUGGGAGGCAAAGGAGAGAAAGGCGAAAUGCACAAUCAGUGAAGAGUGGAAGAAGAAUAUUGGCGGUGAUCCGAGGAGAAAGUCGGAAAAGCUGUGA